UGUUGUGCGAUUGCAAUCGCCUUUGCUAAUCGUACUAAAUCCACUGAUUCCAUCGCCUUCACCGGAAUUUGUUCGCCGGAGGAGAAACUGGUGUCGGAUUCCGCGAAAAGGGUGUUCAGUGAGCGAGAGGUAGACCGGAAAUAACAUGCAGAGUCUUCGCUAUCGUACUGAAUCCAUCAAAUCCAAGUCCAUAGCUCAUUAUUGCUGCAGCUUCACCCGCUCAUUCUCCUCAACUUCUGCUCUCCAUUCCUCAUCUCUCUCCAACCUCUUAAAAGGCCGCAUUUCACAUAAUCAUCUUCAACAAAUUCAUGCUCGAGUUUUCCGUAUUGGUGUUCACCAAGACAAUCUCAUUGCUACUCGCCUUAUUGGUCAAUACCCAUCAAAAAUUUCCCUUCGUAUACUUCAUCAGUUAAAAAUACCCAACAUUUUCCCUUUUAACGCUAUUAUUAGAGUACUAAGCGAAGAGGGAAGUUUCAUUGGUGCAUUCUUGGUAUUUAACAAGUUGAGAUAUCGGUCCCUUUUGCCUAAUGAAUUGACCUUUUCUUUUCUUUUUAAAGCUUGUUCUCGUUCUGGGUGUUCAUUUUAUGUAAAACAGGUUCAUACCCUUGUUGUGAAAUUGGGAUUUGGUGAGGACCCAUCUCUCUGUAAUGGGUUGUUAAGUGCUUAUGCUAGGAGUUUGAAAGAAUUACAUUUUGCGCGUAAGGUGUUUGAUGAAAUGCCUGACAAUGGUGUUGUUUGUUGGACUUGUUUGAUUUCUGGGUAUGCUAAGUUUGGUUUGUCUGAAGAAGCUUUGGGUUUGUUUUUAUGUAUGGUGAAGAAGAGUUUGAUCCCUGAAAAUGAUACUAUGAUUAAUGUUUUAUCUGCAUGUUCAAAACUUGAUAUGUUAAAUAUUGAGAAGUGGAUUGGGAUUUUUUGGUAUUCAAUGCAGCAGUAUGAUUUGGGAUGUUCUGGAUGUGACUCAGUUAAUACUGUUCUUGUUUACUUAUAUGGAAAGUGGGGAAAGGUUGAUAAGAGUAGGGAAAUAUUUGAACAGAUUUCUGGUGAUGGGAAGAGAAGUGUGCUUCCUUGGAAUGCUAUGAUAGGUGCAUACGUUCAGAACGGCUGUGCUCUGGAUGGUUUAUGUCUUUUCCGGUUAAUGAUGGAGCUUAAUUGUUGUUGCCCCAAUCAUGUGACAAUGGUUAGUGUGCUCUCAGCUUGUACUCAAGUUGGUGAUUUGUACCUUGGUAUGUGGGUUCAUGAGUACAUGAAAGGUAGUAGGCAAAAAAGUUUUUUACUUUCUAAUGCAAAUCUUGCAACUGCUUUGAUAGAUAUGUACUCUAAAUGUGGGAGUUUGGAGAGAGCAGGAGAUGUUUUUGACCAAUUGGUUGUAAAGGAUGUUGUUUCAUUUAAUGCUAUGAUCAUGGGUCUCGCAAUAAAUAGUAAAGGUAAGGAGGCGUUAAAACUUUUCUCACAAAUGCUAGACCUCAAUUUGCGUCCAAAUGCUGGGACAUUCCUUGGUUUGCUAUGUGCCUGCAGUCAUGCAGGGUUGGCAGCAGAAGGCCGUCAAAUAUUUAAGGAAAUGAGCCAAUGUUUUAGCAUUGCUCCUAGAUUGGAACAUUAUGCUAGCUAUAUUGAUCUCCUUGCUCGAGUAGGUUAUGUUGAGGAAGCACUUCAAGUUGCUACCUCAAUGCCUUUUACACCAAAUAAUUUUGUAUGGGGAGCUUUACUUGGUGGCUGCAUGCUACAUAACAGACUGGAAUUGGCCCGAAUUAUUUUCUCCAUUCUUGUUGAGGUGGACCCUAACAAUUCUGCUGGCUAUGUGAUGUUGUCCAAUACAUAUGCAAUUGAUCAUCACUGGGGUGCUAUUUCACGGCUGAGGUUGUCUAUGAAGGAAAAAGGAGUAGUAAAGCAGCCAGGAUGUAGCUGGAUCAAUGUUGACGGAGUAGUGCAUGAAUUUUUGGCUGGGUCCUCGUUGCAUCCUCAGAAUGAAAGCUUGUACAGUGAAUUGCAGGUCUUACUGAAGGAGAUGAAGCUAACAAGUAUUUAGACAACUCAUAAGCAUAUUCCGGUUAGGAGUUACUUUGAGUAUCAUCCGCUUUCUACCAUAAGAUUUUCCAGAAUUAAAGAAUGGUCUCGGUGGGAUAGAGUUGCAUUGAAGAUCUCUGUUGUUUUGAAAGCAGCAGCUAGUCCCAAGAACUGUGUUAGAGCCUUUGUCUACAGCCGAUGCAUGAAUCAUGCUGCUGCUGUGAUCCUUAGUUUUGUUGCCUUGAUACAAAGAUAGAGUUAUUUCUGGACUUCCAUUGGCCUUUAUUCACUUGUUAGCCUACUAAUAUCAGUUUGGCAGUUUCAAUAAUUGGCAAGGUGGGACAUUGACUUCUUUGUAGGAUCGCCAAGACUAUUUGAUAAAUGGCCUGAAUAGGAUUGUUAGUGCAGAAACUAGUUGCCUUUUGCUCACAGUCAAAUCCUACUAGAAGACGUUCCUCUCUAGCCAUGCAGAUGUUUUGGAUUCACUUGGCAGAGAUACUUGGAAAAACUCUCUUCCUCUAAUAAUUUGUUUGUUUUUGCUGGUGAGGACAACUUCUCUGAAAGCUAGAUUGACUUAAAACAACUUCUCUGAGUUGGUUCGAUGUUUGUGGCACACGCCUUUUCAUUAUUCAAAAUACCUAGUGCAUGGAGCCUGAUUCUGUUACAGGUCCGAGGGUCGUUUGUCUGACUGGCAUGGAGUCAAGAUUGGUAAAUCCAAAUGGAUUAUUUAAAAUGUAUUCUUCCGUUCUUUGAAGGGAAGAGGCGGAAUCUGUGAGGAUAGAGGUCCUUUCUUUUUCUUGAGAAUGUAGACUUCAAAAUUAUUUUUGUUGGUAAAGAAGAGUGGUUUUGAAGGAAUAGAAGAUAUGUUUCAAUUAUUAAAUUCUCAGCAUGGAUAGAUAUCUUAUAGAUUUGGUGCUAUAACGUUGUUUUUGGAUACA